AAAAUGUAAUGGAGUCGUUAUAGCACCCUUCUGUUUUCUAUAUUUCGAGUAAAAUGAAGUCGCAAUCUAGUUGAACACCAUUUCCAUACCUGUCAUUAGUUGGACUAAGUAGUUAGGGAGAAUAUAUCAGCCCUAAAAUUAUGUGCUCAGGUUAUUCAACCUUCGACUACCCACAAGUUCAUGUGCUCAGGUUCACUCUGAUAAGACUUCCGCUGUCUUACUAGUCUACCAUUCCAGCAAAGAUCCUUGGUUAAGUACUCGUGUUAGCAGAUUCUAUACUUAGUCUCCUGCACAACACCAGACGAUUUAUUUCAAAUGUUAGGUUCGGAAGAUGCUUGAGAAAAUGUUACACGCCCUAAAGCUCCCAAAAUGUAAUGGAGUCGUUAUAGCACCCUUCUGUUUUCUAUAUUUCGAGUAAAAUGAAGCCGCAAUCUAGUUGAACACCAUUUCCAUACCUGUCAUUAGUUGGACUAAGUAGUUAGGGAGAAUAUAUCAGCCCUAAGUAUCCUAAACUUCCGGUAUUCAGAACCAAGUGUGCUGCACUGCAGUCAGUGCAUACGCUUUACGAAGAAUGCACAUAACGGGUUUGCAAGACGAGAUGACUUGGCCGUGUGAACCCGUGCCAUUUCAUUUCUCGAGCCGUCAAGUGGGCCCGUCCAGUGCCAGUAGGGUUUCGCCUAUUACUAGAACGGUCUCCGUUAGUACCGCGUCCUCACAAGCCAUACCUUCACAGCAGCCGCCAUGGCCGGCGUCCCUCCUGUACCGGGAUCUGGGCGCGGCCGCGGAAUGACUCUUCCUGCUUGGAUGACCGGCGGCCAGUCUAUGCCGCCGGUGGGAGCGCCGGCCGCCGGCGCGGCUCCUGGUGGAGCUGCAGCGACCGCCGCGCCUCCCGGAGGCAGCGCGCCGUCUCCGUCCCCCCCUGCUCCCGCUGCUGCUCGCGAUGACUCGAAAUCGCCCGCUCUUAUGGGUCGCGGGGCGCCUCUUAUGCACGCGGCCGGUCGCGGGGGGCCUAUCGGCGCUCCGCCUGUAGGCGGUCCCCCGCAGCCUUCCCCCGCCGGAGGUUUGCUGCCCGGGCCAGCAGGCCGCGGACAGUACCUGCCGCCAGGAGCACCAGGAGCACCGAGAGCACCGGGCGCACCAGGGGCAGUACCGGGAGCACCAGGAGGCGCGCCGGGGGCGCCUGGGGUAGCAGCGCCUGCCCUGCAGCCGCAGACCCAGCCCCAGCAGCCGCCGGGCCAAGCGCCUCCGGGCCAGCAGCCGCCACAGCAGCAGCAGGCGCAGGGGCCGCCUGGCGCACCGGGAGCGCCGGGAACGACAGCAGCACCGACCGGGCCAGGCGGGCCUGCUCCCCCCGGUGCUCCCUAUGGCGCGCGCCCUGGGGGCCCCCCGCUGCCCCCUGGUGCUCCCCCUCAGGCGCACUACGCCUCUCCCCAGCAGCAGUUCCGCCCGCCCUACCCAGGCGCCCCUCCGCCGCGCCCCUUCCCUCCGCUCCCCCCCAAUGCCCCCCCCGGCCACCUCCCUCCCUACGGCGCGCACGGCCAGGCCCCACAAUACCCAGGGCAGCACCAGCCCCACCAGCAGUACCCGGGGGCCCCUGGCCAGCCGCCACAAUACCCUGGCCAGCCGCCGCCGCAGCAGCAGGCGUACCCUUCCUACCCCCCCAUGCCCGGUCACAUGCCGGCGCCUGGAUCCUACCCACCCCAGCAGCACCCGCCCCAGCAGCACCCGCAGUGGCAGGUGCCAGGCGCCCCUGCGCCGGGGGGCGCACAGGCAGGCCCUGGCGCUGGAGGGGCGCCGGGGCAGGGCGCACCUGGGGCAGGCGCAGCUGCUGGCGCGCCCGCUACAACCGCCGGAGGGGUACCCCUCCCCCAAAUGCCACCCCCUGCUGCCGCAGCACCUGCACCUGCUGGCACCCAGGCUGCACCUGGGGGAGGCGCGGCUGCCGCGCCAGCAGCAGCAGGAGCAGCAGCAUCUGCGGCAGCGGCGGAGUGGCAGGAGUACACGACGCCGCAGGGGCGCAAGUACUUCUUCAACAAGCGCACGCAGCAGUCCAGCUGGGAGAAGCCGACCGACCUCAUGACGCCCAGCGAGCGCGCGGAUGCGACCACGGUGUGGAAGGAGUUCACGACAGCGGAGGGGCGCAAGUACUUCUUCAACAAGCACACCAAGCAGAGCACGUGGACCAUCCCCGCCGAACUCAAGGCGGCGCGCGAGAGGGUUGCAGCAGAGCAAGCAGCCGCAGCAGGCGCAGCUGCGCCUCCUUCUGCUGCCGUUCCUGCAGCGGCAGUGCCCGCUGCAGCAACUCCAGGAGCAGCGCCAGUAAUGCCAGCUGCGCCCGGGGCAGCAGCAGUGCCAGCAGCGGUGGCAGGAGGGGGCCCGCCCCUGCCUGGGGUACCCCCUCCCAUGACUGCCGCGCCAGGGCUGGUGGCAGGGGCUGUCGCUCCUGCUGCUGCUUUCUCAUACACCCCCCCUCUGCCAGGGGUGGUGCCUUUCACUCCAGGGACAAUGCCGGUGGCUGCUUCUGCUGGUGUUCCUCUGCCUGCUGCUACUGCUGCUGCUGCUGCUGCCGCUUCCACCCCGCCCCUCCCUGCGGCUGCUGCUGCUGGCGCGCAGGCGCACGCACAAUCCACUGAGACUGCUGCGGAGUCCAAGGCGGCCCCGGCAGCGAGCAAGAUCAACAUCACGCCCAUCACGGAGCCCAAGCCCCCUCCUGCCCCUGUGGGCGAGCCCGUGUACGCCACCAAGCAGGAGGCCAAGGCGGCGUUUAAGGAGCUCCUGGAGGCGGUGGGGGUGACGUCGGAGUGGGCGUGGGAGCAGACGAUGCGCAAGAUCAUCAGCGACAAGCGGUAUGGCGCACUGAAGACGCUGGGGGAGAGGAAGCAGGCGUUCAACGAGUACAUCACACAGCGCAAGAAGCAGGAGGCGGAGGAGAAGCGGCUGAAGCAGAAGAAGGUCCGUGAGGACUUCAUCAAGAUGCUGGACGAAAGCAAGGAGCUCUCGUCCGCCAUGCGCUGGCAGAAGGCGGCUCCGCUGUUUGACAAGGACCUGCGGUUCGUGGCGGUGGAAUCGGACAGGGAGAGGGAGGAGCUGUUCGACGACUACCUCGUUGACCUCGUCAAGAAGGAGAAGGACCGUGUGCGGGAGGAGAGGAAGCGCAACAUGGCAGACUUCAAGCAGUACCUUGAGACGUGCGGCUAUGUCACGUCAGCGACGCACUACCGCAAGGUGCAGGACCGCCUGGAGGAGCACGAGAGCUGCGCCAAGCUCGAUAAGAUCGACCGCCUCGAGGUCUUCCAGGAUUUCAUUCGCGAGCUGGAGAGGAGGGAGGAGGAGGAGAGGCAGCAGAAGCGGGAGCAACAGCGGCGGCAGGAGCGCAAGAACCGCGACGCCUUCCGCCGCCUCAUGGACGAGCACAAGGCGGCGCUCACGCUCACCGCGCGCACGCGCUGGCGCGAUUAUGUCAACGUGGUGAAGGACGAGCCCGCCUACAUGGCAGUGGCGGCGAACCUGGGAGGGUCGACGCCCAAGGAGCUGUUUGAGGAUGUGAUCGAUGACCUCGACAAGCAGUACAAGGAGGACAAGGACAAGAUCAAGGACCUCGUCAAGAAGAACAAGGUGGUGGUGACGUCAUCCACCACCUUCGAGGCCUUCAAAGCUGCUCUGGGCUACGCCCCUCCCCCACCUCCGCCCCCUGCGCCGGCUGCCCCUGCUGCUGCCGAUGCUGCCGCUGCCGAUGGUGGCACAGCAGUGAAGGAGGAGGGGAAGGAGGUGAAGGCGGAGGAUGUGGAGAUGAACGGAGCGAAGGAGGAGGGGGGUGUGAAGAAAGAAGUGGGCGAGGAGGAGGGAGCGAAGGAGGAGCCUGGGGAGGACGGCAAGGGGGGUGAAGAGGCGGCUGCUACGGGCGCGGUGAAGCAAGAGGGGGAGGAGGGCACGAAGGACGUGAAGCAAGAGGAGCAAGAGGAGGCGAAGGACGUGAAGGACGGCGAGGGCUUGAAGCUGCCGCCUCCGCCACCGCUGCCACCGAAAGCUGAUGAGUCGACUCCUAAGGUCGCGGAUAUGAGCCUCAAGGUGCAGUCCCCUCACACACCUCCUCAAACCCUUCGCCCCCCAACGCACCCCACUCUCUACACCACCCCAGCACCUCUUGCUCCGUCCCGCCCUGCUCAUGCAGUCACAUCCUGCAGCACCAAAACAUGCCACGCGCACCAUGCCGCACGCACAGUGCACCAUGUGGCCGUGGUAGCACGUGGCUCAUGGCUCAUAUACCGGAUCACCUGUUAUGGCAUGCAUGCACUGCAUGCUUGCCAUGGUAUGGACUUGUCUAUGUGUCAUGAGCUGACCUUCACACUGCCUUAUAAGGCACUAUAUAAGACUGUCACUUUGCCACACAACGAGAGCCCGCAUUGAUGACUCCUGGUGGGCAUCGUUUGUCUUUAUGCUGAGCAACCCGGGUCGACGCCAACAGCCUUCUACGAGUGGCAAUCGCUGCAUGGGGUAACCAGCAGGUAAAGGAGUAACGCAAGGUACUGUGAGGGGCACACACAGUGUUUUCUCAUGAGAGAGCAACCUGGCACUAGUGGCUUGUUUCCAUUCAUCAUUCCUCUUUUAACCUACCCCAUGUCUCUUCCGCCUGCCCUUUUUUCCUUCCUUCCGUUUCUGGCGCCUUACCACCCACCCCCUCUCCCCUCGCUCCCUCCAACCCGCUGUGUGAACGCACAAACCUCAAAUCAUUUGGUUCUAUUCUUCUGUUUCAGUGCUCGUGCGGCGCUCUCAUCCAUGUGAGCAUCCACUUAUCGUGCCCAUCAACACACAGGCCACUCAAGCACAUACCAUCGCUAUCCCCAUGCUCUGCACCCACUCAUCUUCUCCCCUCCUGCUUCUUCCCUUCCUCCCCCCUCCCCCUUCCCCCCGGUGCUGUGUGCUGCGUGCUGUGUGGUGUGUGGUGUUGCUAGGUGCGUUGGACCAUGGUGGCGGUGGGCCGGCUGCUUCCCGUUGUUGUGGUGUGACCUUUUGUUGAUCUUGU